UCAAAAAGGGAGUGUAUGUCACUGUAUGUAUGUGUAUGUGUGAUUCAGUACAACUUUUGUUUAAAUAGUAAAUGAUAAUAAAUUUAUGUGACAGAAAGGAUUUCUCAGUGAUAUGAUAGUGCUAAAUGAUGAUAAACACAGGACAAAAUAGUUGUUCUAAUUUAUUUGACGUCUUCGUCCUCCACGAAUCAACAUAAGCAAUUAAUGAGCACUUGUCCGUGUAGCUCUAGACUAAAUAGAUUAAGCGAUUAACCUCUGCACCUCUUUUUAACACACGACAGAUAUUGGACUAUUUACAUUCCUCACAUAUUGUUCUCAACAUUGUUCUUUGAAGUAGCGGACAAAAUGUCUCUGAAAGCAAACAAAAUGUCUAAUACAGCCAAUUUGAAAUAUACUUGUAUCGCUGACCUUGUAAAAAGGGCUAAAGUUAAUAUGACGGGAAAAGAGCCACGCAGUGUAAAUUCAAGGCUUCCCACUAUGCGACAGAAAUCUGAUGAUUUAAGAAAAGAAGGAGAUGAUGAGAAUGCUUACAUUAUGUUGCAGAGAUGGUUAGAAACAGUUGAGUGGAUAAGAAAAACUACAGACUAUAAAAAUAGCAAAUCAGUGUAUUCUACGAAUAUAAAUACUGACCAGAUAAAUGAAGUGAAAAACAUACUUGCAGACUUGAAGCAAAAGUUAGAGAUACGCUAUGAGCGUAAUUCCAAGAAACACAAUAUUUCUGGAGAGAAAAUGGAGAUAGAUGGACAGGUGGAUAAAACAGAGACAUAUAUACCAAAUGUUGACAUUACAUUAACAUUGCCAGAAACACCAACUGAUGAUCCUUUAUAUGGUGACAGUGAUAAAUUUAUAUCCUGCGAUCAAUUGUAUCAUUUGUUACAAAAAUCACGAUACUUGGUCAUUGAUAUCAGGCCAAAAGCUCAUUAUGACAGUUCCAAGAUAAAAUCUGACAAGUGCAUUAACAUUCCACAAUCUGAGAUUAGAAGAGGAAUUCUGGCCUGUAAUUUUUCAAAAUGCUUCGAUAAAGAGAAGGAUUCCUAUGAUUUAUUUGAACGCAGAUCGGCACAGUAUGUAGAUGCUGUAGUUUUAGUAGACUGGAAUACCACACAAGAAUCUCUGAAAUCUGCUACUCACUUAAAUGAUCUGAAAGAUAUUUUAGAAAACUGGGAUCCUGGUAUAAAAUAUAACAAAAUUGCAUUUCUUAAUGGAGGAUAUCAGGAAUGGUUGAUGAGAUAUCCUGCAUUUACAACAAAUCCUAAUUUGAAUGCAAUUGAGCUUAAUAAUGUCGAGAAUGAGAUUUUAGAGACGAUUGAAUAUCCAGAUUUGGAGGAAGAUGAAAAUGACAUUUCAAAGAAAGCGCACAGCAAAGUGAAUAACGUAAUAAUGUCAGAUAUGGAUGGUGAUGUAGAGAUGAAAUAUGGUGACAAGUCGUCAAUAGUGUCUAAACAUGCCAAAUCAAACGGCAACAACGCCAUUUCUUCAGCAAAGUCUAAGAGCUUUGUUGCAAGUCAUGUAACAAUCGACAGUAAACGACGACAAACAAUCUCGCCUCGAGGUAAUAAUACGCAAUUCGAGAAUUCGGAGACAGUUCAUCAGUAUAAAAUAUCGAAUAAUGUGUCUCACAACGAGGUGAGUGCAAAACCAAUAAUCGAUCGCAGUAGCAAACCAGCCGCGUUGAAGACGUAUGAUCCACGAUGUGAAAAAGUAGUGACAUUCAUGAAAGAGCUGAAUGAAUUGGCAAAGUCGAAAGUAAAACUGGCCAAUGAGUUAUUGAAUCAAGAAUACGAGCUAUACUCGCAACGAGAAGACAAGUACAGCGCUAGUGAUGAAAAAUAUCUACGCGGAGAGAUCAAAUCCUUAAAAAUUAAAUUUGACGACAUGCAUAAAAUGUAUCUUAAAGUAGAAAACGAGUUUAACACAUAUAUGAAGGAAGUAGAUACAAUUAAAUUUAACCUUACUGAUGAUAAUGAGAAGAAAACACUCGAAUUGAACCUUAGCGGAUUAAAAAUGAAACUUAAAGAAAUUGAAGGCAAACGGAAAAAGUUACAAGAAAGUUUCUCAGAAAAAGAAUAUAAGGAAAUAACAAUGAAAAAUGAUGGUGACAUUUACAAAGAACCUCUGAAAUCAGAUGGCUUGACUAUUAAUACUGGUUUAGAGCGUUCUUACUCGAGUCCGAAUUUAUUGCAGUUGGGAGAUCGUAAAGCGCCUCAAGUAGAUAGAACAUCUAAGCCUCAUAUAUCGCCUCGCAAUCAAAAUGGAUCUAUUGGGAACGAAAACAACAAAGUAUCCCCUUUUAUUUGGGGUAAUCGGGAAGAACGAAUGACUCCUAUUCAUGGCAAUGUUCAUCCGGGUAUUACUGGCCUGAAGAACUUGGGCAAUUCUUGCUACAUGAAUAGCAUCAUUCAAUGCUUGAGUAAUACAACAAACUUGGCAAAAUACUUCACUGAUAAUUCAUAUGCUGACGAUCUCAAUACAAGUAACAAUAAUAUGACACAAGGUCAGGUUGUGGAAGAAGUAGCUCAAGUGAUUAAAGCAUUAUGGAGAGGCCAAUAUAAAAGCAUAUCUCCUCACGAUCUAAAGGUUGCAGUCGGGCAAUAUAAGUUGCAGUUUGAAAGUUACGAGCAACAAGAUUCUCACGAAUUUCUCACGUUUCUCUUAGACUGGAUGCAUAAUGAUCUUAAAAAGGACGUAAAACCGUCGAUUGAAAUGACUAACGCUGAGAAAGAGUGGGACAAGGCGAUGAAUUCUCAAAGAUCUAUAAUAUCCGACUUAUUUUUUGGACAAUUGAGAUCUACCAUCACGUGUUCGUUUUGCAAACAAGCGAGUACUACAUAUGAGACAUUUAAUAGUUUAACAAUGUCUCUACCUCAGUCUAAUAGAUGUACUCUAAAUGAUUGUAUGGAGAAAUUUGUGACGGGACAAAAAGUGAGCGGAUGGAAAUGUCCGAAAUGCCAAGCACCCCGCGACGCGACAAAAAAGUUUGAUUUCGUCAAACUCGCUCCCAUCGUUGUCAUUCACUUGAAUCGGUUCGCUGAAAGCGGCGGAUGGUUAGAGAAACGAAACACCGCUGUUGAUUUUCCCCUCACAGGAUUUAACUUGAAAUCUUAUCUUGUUGUGGAGAAUACGAAGACAAUUGUAUCCAACAGUAUUCGCAAUUAUAACUACAACUUAUACGCAAUGUCUAAUCACUACGGAACGAUGGACGGUGGCCAUUAUACGGCGUUUUGCAAAAACGCCACUCAAAAUAAAUGGUACAAGUAUGAUGACCAGACUGUCACGGAAGUGUCACCGAGUCAAGUAAAAUCGCAAAACACGAGUGCCUAUUUAUUGUUUUACACAUCGUUUCCAAAUACGAUUAUGUAGUAUGAAGACGCGUUUACUUAAAGGAACAAAUUUAUUCAGGAAUGUCUCGAUACAUCUUCGAUUAAUGUGUAUAUAUAUAACAUAUGUGUAUUCUUUCUGUAGAUAUAUUUUAUAUGGCAAAUCCUAUGCGCGAGAAAGCAAAACGUAUAGGGGCUGUGAUGAAAUUGAAAAGCUUUAUCAUGCUGGUAUUCGUUAAAAGAAUUUGUAAAUAUGUAGGUUGCUGGUAAUUAUAUUUCCAUUAUCAAGUUUAUUGCCUUAAAAAAAAGACGCAAAAUAUAUUAUGUUGGAAAAUA